UUAACAAUGUAAAGUAACAAAUCUGAUCUGUCAAAGAUGUCAGAAGAGUAGAAAUAAAAUCACAGCAGAAACACUUGAGAUAGAUUCUUCAGUGAAGCUCCUCCCACAAGAAUCACAUCAUCAGUGAAGCUCCGCCCACAAGAAUCACAUCAUCAGUGAAGCUCCGCCCACAGUAAUUCAGCAAUAAAUGCUGGAAUAUUCCCAUCAGUUUACAAGUGAAGACGAGCAUCAGAGCAUCAGGAAGAGCUGAGUUUAUUAAAGAGGACAGAGAGAAGAUGAGAGAUCCAGAACCCUGCAGAAUCAAACACACUGAAGAUACUGAACAACAAACAGAGUUAAUUGAAGAAAAGGAAGAGAAUAAAGAAUUGAGUGAAGUUGAGGGAAAAAAUCACUUCAGAACUGGAGAAAAACCUUUGAGUUGCUCUCAAACUCAGAAAGAUUUAAAGAAAAGAAGAGUCAAGGAAUCUUUCACCUGCACUCAGUGUGGAAAGAGAUUGACCUGCAAACGUCAUCUUGAGCUUCACAUGAGAGUUCAUACUGGAGAGAAACCUUACAAGUGUUCACACUGUGACAAGAGAUUCAGUCAGUCAUCAAAUCUGAAAAGACAUGAGAGGAUCCACACUGGAGAGAAACCACACACAUGUGAUCAGUGCGGGAAGAGUUUCUCACAAAAAGGAGACCUUACGGCACACAUGAGAAUUCAUACUGGAGAGAAACCAUUCACAUGUGAUCAGUGCGGGAAGAGUUUCUCACAAAAAGGAGACCUUAAGGAACACAUGAACAUCCACACUAGAGAGAAACUGUACACAUGUGAUCAAUGCUGCAAAACAUUUUUGUGGGCUUCAGUCCUGAACCAGCACCUUAAAGUUCAUACAAAGGAGAAGCCACAUUCAUGUCAUUUGUGUGGAAAGAGCUUUUCACGUCUAGAAUAUUUAAAAGAACAUCAGAAAAUACACACUGGUGUGAGAGAGUACAUGUGCUUUGAGUGUGAGAAGACUUUUACUACAGCAAAGUGUUUAAAACUGCAUGAGAGGAUUCACACUGGAGAGAAACCUUACAAGUGUUCACACUGCGACAAGAGAUUCAGUCGGUCAGCAAAUCUGAAAAGACACGAGAGGAUUCACACUGGAGAGAAACCGUAUCACUGCACUACAUGUGGGAAGCGUUUCAAUCAAGCGAGCCGUUUAAAACUGCACCAGAGGAUUCACACUGGAGAGAAACCGUAUCACUGCACUGCAUGUGGCAAGCGUUUCAAUCAUUCAUCUGCUCUACACAGACAUACAAAAAACAAUCACAGUAAGCCUUUGAUCCUGGUGGGUACAGACCGCCCACUGAGACACAGCGUCACUAGCAAGCAAAAAUCUUUCACCUGCACUCAGUGUGGAACGAGAUCGACAAGAAAACAUCAUCUUAAGAUUCACAUGAGAGUUCAUACUGGAGAGAAACCUUACAAGUGUUCACACUGUGACAAGAGAUUCAAUCAGUUAUCAAAUCUGAAAACACAUGAGAGGAUCCACACUAGAGAGAAAACAAAGGAGAAGCCACAUUCAUGUUAUUUGUGUGGAAAGAGUUUUUCACAUCUAGAUAAUUUAAAAGUACAUCAGAAAAUACACACUGGUGUGAGAGAGUACAUGUGCUUUGAGUGUGAGAAGACUUUUACUUCAGCGAACUGUUUAAAACUGCAUGAGAGGAUUCACACUGGAGAGAAACCUUACAAGUGUUCACACUGUGACAAGAGAUUCAAACAGUCAGGAGCCCUGAAAGCACAUGAGAGGAUCCACACUAGAGAGAAACCGUUCACAUGUGAUCAGUGCGGGAAGAGUUUCACAGUAAAAGGAAACCUUAUGAACCAUAUGAGAGUUCAUACUGGAGAUAAACCAUUCACUUGUGAUCAGUGCGGGAAGAGUUUCACACAAUCAUCAAACCUUAAGGAUCACAUGAACAUCCACACUAGAGAGAAACUGUACACAUGUGAUCAAUGCGGGAAAACAUUUUUGAGAGCUUCAGACCUGAAGAGUCACCUGAGAGUUCAUACAAAGGAGAAGCCAUAUUCAUGUCAUUUGUGUGAAAAGAGUUUUUCACUUCUUCAUUAUUUGAAAGUACAUCAGAAAAUACACACUGCUGUGAGAGAUUACAUGUGCUUUGAGUGUGAGAAGACUUUUACUACAGCAAAGAGUUUAAAACUGCAUGAGAGGAUUCACACUGGAGAGAAACCUUACAAGUGUUCACACUGUGACAAGAGAUUCAGCGUGUCAUCAAAUCUGAAAACACAUGAGAGGAUUCACACUGGAGAGAAACCGUAUCACUGCACUGCAUGUGGGAAGAGUUUCACUCAUUCAUAUUCUCUACACAGACAUACAAAAAACAUUCACAGUAAGUAG